AUGAAGCUGGAUAUGGCCGUGGGCUGCCUGCCGGUCCUGAUAGCUAUGGUGCUAACCCGGACAGAAGCAGUUCCUGGCCCCAAGCCCCUCGGGGUCUUCCCUGAUGCAGGGGGCUGCCACUUGGCCCAGUUCCAGUCUCUGCUCCCGCAAGAGCUGCAGGCCUUCAAGAAGGCCAAGGACACCUUUGAAGAGUCGCUCUCCCUGAAGGCUUGGAGCUGCCGCCCCCGCCUCUUCCCCAGGACCUGGGACCUACAGCAGCUGCAGGUGGGGGAGCGCCCCGUGGCCUUGGAGGCCGAGGUGGCCUUGACCCUGAAGGUCCUAGAGACCAUGGCUGACAGUUCCCUGGGGAGCAUCCUGGACCAGCCCCUUCACACGCUGCGCCACAUCCAGUCUGAGCUCCAGGCCUGUGUGGAAGCUCAGCCCCUGGCAGGACCCCGGCCCCGAGGCCGCCUCCACCACUGGCUGCAUCGGCUCCACGAGGCCCCAAAGAAGGAGCCCCUCGGCUGCCUGGAAACCUCCGUCAUGUUCAACCUCUUUCGCCUCCUUACCCGGGACCUGAAAUGCGUGGCCAGUGGAGACCUGUGCGCGUGA